AUGAAAGAUGGCGUCUUGCCGGCAAAACCCCGCGGGCAAAAGUCUCCAUUUUCGGCCUGGAAGCAACCAGGAUUUUGGGCCGUCUGGGGCCCGCAAUAUGCAGUCUUCGUGUUUCUGCUGUUCUUUUAUACAUUUGGGUUCAUGGCGCUGCCAAGCAUCUGUGUGAUCUUGUCGGCCUCCUUCCUCAUGGUGGCUGGGGUGUUGUUUGCGUUCAAGCACGAAGUGCGAACCUUCCUUCCGGCGUCCUUGAUGCUGCCUGUCGCCACCGCCGCCGGCUCCAUCGGUGGCCUGUACACCUACGAUGUGUAUGCCAUCUAUCCACAAUUCUACAGCAAUGCUCGGGUGUACGCGGAUGUGCUUCCGUCUCAGCCGAGUGCUGCAGUGGCGGAUGCAGGCAAGCUCGUCUUUUCAUCAUCGGCAUUCGUGGAUGUCCAGCAUUCAGUGUCCUACGUCACCGAACGUGGGUCCGUCUUCUGUGUCGCGCCGGUACGAGAUUCCAGCCAAGUGCAGCAGAUGCAGUACUGGGCCGUGGGCACUGCCUGCUGCUCCCUUGAGGGAGGAGACUUCUGGUGUGAUGCUGCCAAGGACAGAAAGGCAACGGGUGGUAUUGUCAUCUUCGACAACGAGGGCUUCUUCUCAUCUAGCAGCUAUGACGAGUACCGCAAGGCGAGCCGGAAAGCCGAAGCAACCUACCAGCUCAUGUCGGUCUCGGAGCCCAGGUAUGUACGCUGGGUCAUGGAUGACAACCUCAAUGCGCUUGCCAAUGAGUACAACAUUAAGGCCAGAGGUGGAGGGACCUGA